UCAUCAGUAUUUGUAAAAAGUGGUAAAAGUAGCUAAAAUUGAUAUUUUAUAGACUCUAGCAUUCAAGUAUAUAUUUAGGAAGACUCUCUUCGUGUCCCGUUUGUUUGUUUGUUUGUUUAUUCAUGUGAAAAUAACUCUUAUAGUCAUGUAUGUUGUCAUUGUUUUGUAAAUUGUAAUAAAUGUAAAACCACGCCCAUUCCUUGGCGGCUUAACGCGUCACGUGACAGAGCAGCACACUUCCGGUCAGCUGAUUCAGCUUCAUCAGCGCGAGACGUUUCGAGUGUUAACGCUAAACUGUCAAACUCUAAUCGGUUUUUUAUUUAAAAGAUUUUUAGCGCAAUCUUUCACACAUUUUGAGUUCAUCUUUCACAGCAGAACGACAGCCAUGGCGCUGAGUAAUGCCGACGUUCAGAAACAGAUCAAACAUAUGAUGGCCUUUAUUGAGCAAGAGGCCAGCGAAAAGGCAGAGGAAAUUGAUGCAAAGGCUGAGGAAGAGUUUAACAUCGAGAAGGGACGACUCGUGCAAACACAGAGGCUUAAGAUAAUGGAGUACUACGAGAAGAAAGAGAAGCAGAUUGAGCAGCAAAAGAAGAUUCAGAUGUCCAAUCUGAUGAAUCAGGCCAGGCUGAAGGUGCUCAAGGCUCGGGAUGACAUGAUCCUGGAGCUCCUAACCGAAGCCCGUGAACGGUUAGCUGGCAUCGCUAAAGACCCGUCUCAGUACCCGACUCUGUUAGAAGGACUCCUGCUGCAGGGCUUCUAUCAGCUUCUGGAACCGAAGGUGAUGAUUCGGUGUCGUAAGGACGAUCUGGCCAUGGUGGAGGCUGCUGUCAAGAAAAAUAUCCCCAUCUACAAAGAAACUGUGAAGACUAACAUCGAAGUCCGCAUCGACAAGGACCACUUCCUCUCCCCUGACAUCUCUGGAGGUGUGGAGGUCUAUAAUGCUAACGGCAAGAUCAAGGUGGCCAACACUCUGGAGAGCAGACUGGAUCUCCUGGCUCAGCAGAUGAUGCCCGAAAUCCGAGUGACUCUAUUCGGCGCUAACCAGAACCGCAAGUUCAUGGAUUAACAGAUGCUUCGACCAAAAAGGAAUCGAAAUGAACCUCUUAGACUUCACCUCAACAUGACUUUCUUUGAGUUUUUUUGCAAGGUGUGUAAAGGCUCGCUCUUGUCUCGUUCUCUGCGUGAACUUCUUUCUUCUUGGGUUGUGAAAGCGGUCCAUGUUUCCUUCCUUUUGAUGACAGGGACUGACUGGAAAUGUGUACAGUGUACUGAAGCGAGCUCAGUUUAUAAACAGGAUGUGCUUCACCGUGAACCUGUCUUAAAUAUAUCUCUGUGAAGGUACAGUAUGAUGUAUGCACUCAUGCAGAAUAAAGAGCGCUGAUAUUUAUUAAACAAACGUACCACUA